AUGGCCGCCCCGGACCUUCUCUGGGAGUGCGUGAAGAACAGCUCGUCCUUCAUUCGCAAAAACAAGAAUGUCCCCACCAUGACGGCUGAGCCAGGCAACCUCACUGGCUUGAACUCUUUCAAGUACAGUGGUCUCGCUGCCAAACAGGUCUUGGGUUUGGAUUCCAAGAAGGUGGGAAAGAAGGAGUCCAUUGUCCUCACCACCCGCAGCAAGAGGAAGGGAAGGCAACAGCGGCCCGGCACCGUCCUUGUCACCACCGGGAUCAAGAAAGGCAGCAAGAAGGGCCCCGAGCAGCUGAAGAAGAUCAUCGCGACAACCUACAACCGCCCGGACAUGCUGGCAAUGGCCCUCGCCAAGUACAGCAAGAUCAAGAAGUCUUUCAAGAAGAAGGUGGCACUGCAGUCCGUACGCAGCAGGAAGUGA